AUGCGUUUCGAGGACGAGAGCGAGGACAACGAGGACGUUGAGAAAAAGAAGAGUUAUAACAGUAGUGAAAUGACAGACACGGCGAUGAUGCCACCUUUGAAGAGACUGCUUAUUACAGGCAACAGUGAGGACUUACCACAGAGAUCAUCGGGCAAGAAGAAGAUGGCGAGGGCGACAAGGUCGCCCUCGUCGUCACCCCAUUUAGCGACGAAUGACAGCGGCAGCAGGGUGCAGCCAUUACCAGAAUAUAACUUCACCAAGUUCUGCUACCGGCACAACCCAGAUAUCCAGUUCUCACCUACUCACACAGCGUGCUACAAGCAGGAUCUGAAUCGAACGCAAGAGAUCAACGCCAAUAUCGCGAAGCUGCCCCUGCAGGAGCAAUCAGACAUCCACCAUAUUAUCUCGAAAUACAGUAAUUCGAACGACAAGAUACGGAAGCUGAUCCUGGACGGGAUCCUGGCAACAAGCUGCUUUCCGCAGCUUUCGUACAUCUCGUCACACGUUACACACAUGAUCAAGAUCGACUUCAUCAGCAUUCUGCCGCAGGAGCUGUCGCUGAAGAUAUUGAGCUACCUGGACUGCCAGUCGCUCUGCAACGCUACCAGGGUAUGCCGCAAAUGGCAGAAGCUCGCGGAUGACGAUAGGGUGUGGUACCACAUGUGCGAGCAGCACAUCGAUAGAAAAUGCCCCAACUGUGGGUGGGGGCUGCCUCUUUUGCACAUGAAACGUGCCCGGAUACAGCAGAGCAAGGGCAGUACAGAUGUCCAGGCGCAAGGUACGCGGCCUUGGAAAGUGAUCUACAGAGAACGGUUCAAAGUGGAGUCGAACUGGAGGAAGGGUCACUGCAGGAUUCAGGAAUUCAAGGGCCACAUGGAUGGCGUACUGACACUCCAGUUCAACUACAGGCUUUUAUUUACGGGCUCGUACGACUCGACCAUAGGAAUAUGGGACCUGUUCACGGGCAAGCUGAUACGAAGGCUCAGCGGUCACUCCGACGGCGUCAAGACGUUGUAUUUCGACGACAGGAAGCUGAUCACGGGCUCUCUGGAUAGAACCAUCCGUGUAUGGAACUACAUAACGGGUGAAUGCAUCUCGACGUAUCGGGGUCAUUCCGAUAGCGUUCUGAGCGUGGACUCGUACCAAAAGGUCAUUGUUUCAGGUAGUGCUGACAAGACAGUCAAAGUAUGGCACGUGGAGUCAAGAACGUGCUACACUUUAAGAGGCCACACAGAAUGGGUUAACUGCGUCAAGUUGCAUCCGAAAAGUUUUUCGUGUUUUAGUUGCAGUGAUGACACCACAAUACGAAUGUGGGACAUCAGGACCAAUUCGUGUCUAAAGGUAUUCAAAGGCCAUGUGGGGCAAGUGCAAAAGGUUGUACCGCUGACCAUAAAGGAUACAGAGAACUUAGCCACCGACAACACUUCUGAUGGCAGCACCCUGCAGGACGACUCGGCAAUGGCCGAUGGUGUAAAUGAAUCUGAAACGCCAUCCGAUGAGCAAGAGAUCGCCCUAGAUGAAACCAUACCUUAUCCAACACAUCUGCUCUCCUGUGGACUAGACAACACAAUCAAACUGUGGGACGUUAAAACAGGCAAGUGCAUAAGAACACAGUUUGGGCACGUGGAAGGUGUUUGGGAUAUCGCCGCUGACAACUUCAGAAUAAUCAGUGGAUCUCACGACGGAAGCAUCAAAGUCUGGGACUUGCAAAGUGGGAGGUGUAUGCACACGUUCAACGGACGCAGGCUACAAAGAGACACUCAACCCACGCAAACACAAUCCCUGGGCGAUAAAGUUGCCCCCAUCGCAUGUGUUUGUAUUGGCGAUUCGGAAUGCUUCAGCGGUGAUGAGUUUGGAUGUGUAAAAAUGUACAAGUUCGAUCUCAGCGACUAG